UUAAAUGUUUAAAGUUUCAACUAUAGAGGUACAACUGACUUUUGAAAAGUGUCAAAAAUAACUAAUAAAUGCUUAAGUUAUUUCCAUUAUUUUAUAAUUUUAAAAUUACGAAUUAUUUUAUAGUUCUAAUUUCUAAGAUUUAUAUGUUAAUAUAUAUAAUUUUAUACAGCUGAAAUAAGUAUUUUGUUAUAUUUUAUUUAGUAGUGUAUACCUAAAUGAUUUAACUAUAAUUUAAUUUGAUUAAGCAUACAUUUCAGUUUUUAGUAGACAUGAAUAAUCCAGGUUCUUUUGCUGACGAAUUUCGCAAAGUAAAAGAGUCAGAACAUUAUGAAACAAUUAAUUCUGUUGGUAAACAUAAUAAUGUUUCAGAAUCCACUACUAAUCAACCUAGCACAAGUGGUGCAAAACAAUCCCCUGUAAAACCUGCAUCUUUUUCAGGUGUUUUAGUCAACAAUAAACAAAGAGGUAAUCCACUGCUUAAAUCUAUUGUUAAUGUGCCAUGGGAAUAUUCAGAUGAUAUUUUACCGGACUAUGUAAUGGGACGUACAACAUGUGCAUUAUUUUUGUCCCUACGAUAUCAUAUGUUAAAGCCUGACUAUAUAUACAACAGAGUAAAAUCCUUGGGUAAAUUAUACGAAUUACGAAUAUUGUUACUACAAAUUGAUGUCAAAGAGCCACACACAGCCCUCAAACAAUUAACUAAAAUGUGUCUGGUAGCUGAACUUACAUUAAUGUUAGCUUGGACUUCUGAAGAGGCAGGCAAACUUAUUGAAACUUAUAAAAUAUUUGAAAACAAGCCACCAGAUCUUAUAAUGGAGAAAGCAGAAGCAGAUGAUUAUUCCAAAGUAGCUAAUGCGCUUACAACUAUUCGUGCUGUAAAUAAAACUGAUGCAGCAUUGUUAUUAUCUACAUUUGGUUCGUUGGAAAAUAUUUGUAAAGCUUCUCUAACAACUUUGGCAUUGUGUCCCGGGUUUGCUCAACAUAAAGCAACACAAUUGUAUAAUACUCUUCAUAAACCUUUCCUAAAACAAAAAACUAAAGAGGAAGACUCACAAUUAAAUAAAUAAUAUUAUUAUGUGAUGUAUUAUGCAUUUUUAUUGUAAUAACUGAUAUAAUCAGGGGAUUAUGUCCCCCAUCACUUACUUGAAACACACCUGAAAAUAAAAUAUAUUUAAGCGUCUUUAUUAUUAUUAUUUAAUUUAUUGUCAAUGGUAUUACUUAUUUUUUUUUUAAAUAAAUGUGUCUAUGUUA